AUGAAAUACGACGACAUGGUAUCUAUUUUCAAAGGGAGAUCUUUCUCAUGGUGGAUUCCAAUAAUUUGCACUUCAAAUGUCCUUGCCGGAAUCGCCGCUUGGGUGAUCUUCCAUGGGCCGCCUCCCGAAUCGGUCCCACUCGAUUUCUUCUAUAGCUUUACCAUGCUCAUCAUUCUUGGAAAUCGAAGCUCGAAACGUCCAAAUAAGCGGCCCUACAACGUUGCAAUGAGGGAUUUGGUUACUCGAAUUGAGUGCGCCACGAUCAUGACCAUAUUAUCGUGCUGGGCUGUAGUGGCUAUCUUCAAGGCACUAUCAAGAGACUUGAGACCAUUAAGCGAAGAAAACUCUGGAGGGGAAUGGGCUGGGUUAAUAGUCUUUGGUUUUUUCACGCUGCUUUUCUAUGCUGGUGUUUUGGCUGCAACUUGGCUGCCAAUUAGCUCUGACGAACUGGGAGACUUAUAUGACCCUGUAGCGACCGAUGAAGAAAGUAUAGAAUUGAGUAGUCACAAAGAGCCUGGAGAGGCCUGA